AAUCAACAGGCGCAUACAGCCGUACAUGUAGCCAGCAGUUGUGGCAACUCGUACCACUUCCAGUUCCCGAUUCACGGAAGGUGUACGUGUCAAACUGUCUAACUCGCACACUUUGUAAGUGAUAUUGAUUUGAACAGAGGGUCGUAGUCUUUGCGACUGUGACAAUCUUCAGUAUUCUUCUGACACGAUUGGCGCAGAACGGCAGCAGUGUUUUGCUGAUUCGUGAGGGCCUGGAUCACAGCAGACUUGCAGGGAAAGGUCCCACCCACCCCGGCGGGCCCAGUGUGUUCGGCGCUUGCUGACAAGCCAGAAAGUGCCUACUCAUUUGAACGCACGGUCUCCAACGAAGGGACAUGCCCCCUCAACUCGUGGAACACACCACAAGUCCAUUGUUACCGGAGGACGGUAGAAUGUCGCCCACUGAAAGAGUGGUGAAAUGCGUACUUGUCGGAGACGGGGCGGUGGGGAAAACAAGCAUGGUCGUCAGCUACACCACGAACGGCUACCCUACCGAAUACGUGCCCACGGCAUUCGACAAUUACUCAGUGGUGGUAACAGUGGACGAGAAGCCGGUGAGACUACAGCUCUGUGACACAGCGGGACAGGAUGAGUUUGAUAAUCUACGGCCACUCUGCUACCCACAGACAGAUGUGUUCUUCGUGUGCUUCAGUGUAGUCUGUCCGACCUCCUUCAACAACUUGGUGGAGAAAUGGGUACCAGAAGUUCGGAGACAUUGCCCCAAGACUCCUAUCAUUCUAAUAGGGACACAGUCGGACUUGAGAGAAAGUGUGAAUGUAUUGAUUGACUUGGCAAGAUAUGGUGAGAAGCCAGUGAGCGAAUCAGAAGCUCGGUUGCGGGCACACGAAGUAGGUGCCAUUGCAUACAUGGAGUGCUCCUCACUGACUCAGAAAAACUUGAAGGAGGCAUUUGACUCUGCAAUCAUCAGUGGAAUUGAAUACCAGGACAGCAGGAAGGGGAAGAAAUGCAGGGACAAGCCGUACAAGCCUAAGCCUGUCAAGGCUGUGAAGCAGCCCAACAAAGCCAAGCCGAAACCCAACAGGAGUUCAUUAGCAACAGAAAAGGCAAAAGAGGGCUGGAAAAAGUUUUGCUGCUUCCUUGCGUCAUAGUGACAUUGUAAUGAAAUCAGGAACUUUCCCAAGGACUUGACUGGGAAAAGUAAAUAUGCUGCAACAAAGGAAGUUCCUCACAGGUAAUCAGAAGUCUUGUUGACGGUUUCUUAUACAUGGAAUAAUGCUAUGAACCCCAACAGUUGUCAUGGUUGCCAAGUGGUUUUUUGAAUAUCUAAAGGUGGAAAAAGUUGUAAAUAAUAUUGUGUUAUUUAUCUUGUAAUAUAAUGGAAUUCAACACAAGGGGCAAUUUGUAGGUUGCUUUAUUGAAACUAAUGUAUUCAGAGAGUUAGCUGUGUUACAAUUGUUGCAUCAAGCCUAAAUCUGCUCAGUGGUCUUCUUACACACCAUGCCAGUUGCAUGUACAUGAUGCAUUCUUUUACUGACAGUUUUUUUCGCAAAACAGUGUUGUGCACAGGCCACACAAGCUGUUGUCUAUUGAUCUUUGUUGUUAAAUGCAUUUGUUAAUUGGUCUACUGUACAUUUGGCCCCAGACAUUAGCAUUAGCAGCCAAGGGGGCAUCAUUGCCUAACAAUGUUGUUGCCAGAGAGCUGAAUACUGUUUCAUCAAGAAGUUCACUUAGCUAGCUAGUCUCUGGCAUUACUAUGCAGUCAGUAGUUUCAUUGUCCAAUAUUUUCAUUUCAGUGCUGAGUGAAAGUGUAAAUAUACAUGUUACAUACAGGGUUUACUUCUGGCAGUCAUUUUGAAAUAAGAAAGUCUCAUACAGAAGCAUGUGAUGCUGAAAGCUAAAGCACAUUCCUGUGUCUAAAAUGUUGCAUCGGAAUACGAAAUAAACAAGAAUGAUGUCUAAGACAGAA